UCUUGGAAGAAAAUGACCACAAAGGUGGUUUAUUUCACGGUGGGUGGAAAGCCCGAACAGGCUGAGUUCUCGUCGGAUUUUCCAGUGGAUGAAAUCAAAGGUGGGCUUUCGUUUUGUUUAUGUAAGCACUUAGAUCGUAUUCUAUUGAGUUGACCCAGCUUUGCUUCACUGAAAAGAUUUAGCGGUUGUUUUACCGGCAGUGUCUCAGGAAAUGUUCUUUUGCUGUGGGCAAAAAUAUAAUAUUUACACUACAAGCCUCUGUACUGUCUGUGUGCAUCCACUUCACAAUCUUUCAUGUAUAAAGAUAUGGUAUCUUCGUUCGAGAAUUUGCGAUUUAUUUGCCUGUUGAUUCUUUUACAGAGUUGUUUCGCUGCGCGGCCGAAGCCGGGCCAUAUGACAUUCUAAAACUCUACAACACGAAGGGAAAUAUUGUAAACAUCUCUCCGACUAUUCAAGAAAACACGCCAGAAACAAGAUAUCAAUUGGAAGUUGUCGCUGCGAAUUGUGCAAGCUGUGGGUUUUGUGGUAAUUUUGAUCUUGUCUUUUUUAAAAUUACGAAUAAAAUUCUCUGUAGGUUAGUGACGUAAUUGCUGGGUCAUUAUCCAGUUUUUAUUUCCCGCUGUUUUGGCUAUAGAUCUCAAAUACUUCUUGUUGUUUUGUUUUUAUUGAGGUAUAAACAACUUAGCUAUGAUUUCUCACCUUCUGUAACGAACCCUGUAGGGCUAUAAUUGCUGGAAACUUUGUUUGGAAAUAGUACUAUAGCUUGAAAAAAUAUCUGUCAUUCCUAAUAUUACAAGCAUGUCUCACUUUCUAGUGAUAUUGAGUGAUUGAUAUAAUAAUUGCAUCUGCCAGUACGAAAUCUGAAGAAGGAGAAGGAAGCAGUUCAAUACGCAUUUAUUAUUUGAGCGCGAUUGUUUAUCUCAAGUGGAAUCUUUUCUCAAGCUUACGUGCAUGUGUGAGGAAAGUUGAAGUUGUGAGGAAUUAAAACAUAUUGCUCCCAAAGGUCGACUCUUCAUUCAUUAGGCUUAUGGACUUCCCGUUUAUUUAAUUUUAGCGAUAAAAAACACAGGUGUCCAUUGUCAAAUAUUCCAUAGCAGAUUUGUGUUGGCUUAAAUUCGACCUUGAUACGUGUAGAUGAAAGCACUCCACUAAAAGUCGUUCGUUUCAUCGACUGAUAAGAUUAAUUGAAAAAAUGUAAAUAAACAGAAAAGCAAUGUUCGAGUGAGAAAUUUCAAAGAACACCGCGGCUAAUAUCUGUCAGAUCAAGUCUCGUGAUAAUUACACAUACGAUAUAUUUUGCUUCAAUAUUCAAUUGCUGAAAUGUAUCAUGCAGAUGUAAUCCUAUUCGGAAGAAUGAUGCAGCGUUCGGGAAAGAAUUCUUAUAAUGAAUGAGUGUGCAAUAAUGAUACCAAUUUUUAGUAGUUCGACUUAGAUUCUAAUUUAACGUCGUUUUUCAUUCAGUUGACCAAGCUUUGAGAAUUUGCAUGUCAUUUCUCGCCAAAAUUGUUCCAGUUAUAAUUGAUUAGAGCAUGCUAUAAAAGCUUUGUUGCCUGGGAAACAAAUUAUAAAGUCAACUGACUCUUUUAAAAGCCAUGUGCAAAUUGACAAGGGGCGUGAAAAUAAUAGUCUUCUUUUGUUACCAUUGAUAUUUUCUUCUUUCUCCAAGAAACCUUUCUUACUAAAGUGCUUACAGCACCUGAUAAGAAAAAUAUGUUAUUUUAAGGUAAAGGCCUAAUUACUCCAUUUUGCCCCCAACUGGCCUCAUAACAAAAUAAUUAUAUGUUUUUUGUUUUUGCACUGAUAAUGAAAAAUUAUUGAAAUGUGUAAAUCCCUGUUUGAAUGUUCUCAUUAAAAAUCUAAUCUCAUACCUUCUUGACAUCUUUUGGUAUGAGAGAGUGAUUCUGGCAUUCUUACAAAGAAAUUACUGUGUGCCUCGAACAUUGGAACAGAGCCAACUCCUCUAAACUAGCAUUUUUAGUGAAAUUGUCAGUAUUUAUGAACAUUGAUUCUUUAAUAGAGAAAACAGCUUGUUUCUAGCACAGUUUUUUUUAAGAGGGUUACAAUCUAACAUAAGAGCCUCUUGACAUCUCUUUUACCAGUAAUUACCCAAAUAUGCACCCCUAGACAUCAGCAUUUUUGAAGUGAUAACAGUAAGGCCAUUUAUAUACAUAGAACAUAAUUCCCUUAGGAUUGCAAAUAGCUGUCAACAGGUCUUGCUAUAGGCUACAUCCCAGACAGUCUAAAUCCCUGAUAUAGACAACAAAGUCUCUUUCUCUAGGUCUGGAGCAGGGUGCAAAGAAUGAACAUUUCAUGCAUCUUAAUCUAACCAGCAUUUUUUGCAUCUAAUUUUCCCCUCAGAUUCAGAAACAGGAUGCACGCUGGAUGCAAUAGAAACAAGGUGUCUAUAACUUGAAGUAUCUUAUCUGUACUGCCAAUCUGCAGUGGGGGGUACCCCUUUGGCACAGGGUGCUCGGCACUGAGUUAAAGAAAGAACUAGACUUGCCGAAAGGCAAAUUUAACUGGGCUGCCAUGGCGAUUUUUUCCUGAAGGGAGACACGGGCCAAAAUAAAACCUUACCAAAUAUAAAACCCAUCAAUACAUGGGGUAGUGAUGAUCAGAAGAGAUAAAUCUAUAACUGAUCUAACCGGAAAUUCCAAACAUUAUUGUGGGUCCAUGCUUAUAAAGUGUGACAGGGUCAAUUUUGGUGUUUAAAUACUUUUUAACAGUAAUUUCCUGCUUAUUAAAAAUCACAAGGAAAUAAAGUUUCAGUUUUAUUUCUGUCAGAUAUUGCAUUUAAAGCUCAUCCUAACUAUCCAAAUGAAUAUGUUUCUAUUUGACGAGGCGAUCUACAAAUAGUAUUAUAUUCCUUUCUUUCAAGGAAAGACUUUUCACACGCAGGAGUUAAAACCCUACAUGUACUUUACCUCCUCACAUUUACAGUGUACAAUGUAUGUAUUCAGAACACUUUGAGUAAAAUACGGGUCGUGUACAUAAAAAGGUAUGCAUGUGAACUUUCAAGGUUUAUCGAAACUGGCUAAUGCUACAGCUAGAUGCUAACAUCAAUUGUCCUUGUUGAAUUGGCGAUCAUGCACAAAUUUAAUGAUACAGAUACAAACAAAAGCAAAACCUCUGGGCAACAUUGAGAACAACUGUCUGAUCUAGGAUGUUAAGUCACCAAACCUUGUGCUAGUAAGUUGGUAUUUGAAGCUCCUGGUGAAGCUUUGUGUUCUCGAAGCUUUGCCACUUACAUUGUAUUUGCCCUCUUGCCAAUGAGGCUAUGAGAUGACUUUCUUAAAGUUCCUGUUUUUGUUAGACGAGUCUUCUUUAUCCUUAUCCGAAUUUUAUACCUCCAAAAAAGCGCAUGUUGCAUUAAACAGAAAGAAAUCAAUCAGAAACAGACUCUUCAAAGAUGCACAAACAUACUCUAUGGACCACGCAACACACUCUGGGUUACUAUGUUAAUAAUUGAUAGUGUUCGGUUUUUGACCAAGAAAACCCCUGGGGGUACUGGGGCCCACUGUAGGCAGCCCAGUUAAAAACUAUUUGCAGCUUUCUACCAAUCCCAAAAACAACUUGUGUUAUCUAUUUAUAGAUACUAAUUUAUUUUGGGAAGCAAGGAAUGGCACUUGCCUCCCACCAAUGUGGCCCAUGUUCAAAUCCCUGCAUUGACACCAUGUGAGGGUUGAUUUUGUUGUUGGUUCUGAUCUCCUUUGCUCCAAGAGGUUUUUCUCUGGUACUCCAGUUCUCCCCUCACCUCAAAAACCAACAUUUCCAAAUUUCAACUAGAUCUGUAAUGCACUGACACUUUUUAACAAGUUCCUCAGAACUAGUAAGUGCUUCGUGGGUGCUAAAUAAAUUUUAAUAAUAUUGUAAUAUGUUGAAUUACACUAAAUCUCAGCUUAUUAACUUUACAGGCUACAGGCUUUGGAGAGAAGUCUCAUCAUAGAAAAUGGAGAAACCUCCUCUGUUGUACAAGAUAUAAAACUGAAAGUUGAUUCUUUCAAACAGAAAUUAGAGGUUGGUGAUGUAAGGUUUUUAUUGUUUUCCAAGAGUGACAACUUACACAAUUUCCUUGUGGGAAACAUGUGCAUGUCAAACUAUGUACACUGUAUACAGCUGUACCGCUGAAUUCCUUACUAAACUAUAAACUGGUACAGCGGCUAGAUGUGCCGCAAAACAGGGUAUGGGUCUUAGGUCUUCCUUGUCAGGUAUCUAUUGCUUACAGGGUUCGUACAUAGUCUUGAAUUCUUGAAAACGUCUUGACAUUUGCCCAGCACUUUUCCAGAACUGGAAAAAGUCUGUAAAAUAGAGGUAAAGUCUUGAAAAAAUGGUAAAAAGUCUUGAUUUUUUUUUUUAAAGCUACAACAAGUACUUCUCAAGUGAAACGUUUUUUGUGUUUGUGAAAUCUUAUUCAAUCUUGCCUGCCUGUCAUGGAAAAAGCUUUGUUCCUGUAGGAUUUUUUUAAGCUCUCUAUUGAUCACCUAUUUCAUAACCUUGAGUCUGGAAAAAGAAAUUAUUGUUUUGGAAAAAGUCCAGUGAAAGUCUUGAAUUUUGGAUAAAAACUCUGUACAAACCCUGUAAGAGAGAGCCAUGCAUCUUAGUCCUUUACGUCUCAAGAGUGACCAAGAUCAAUUUUCUCCUAACAACAUCAGCAGAUCCUCAAGAGUAAGGGUUAUGAGAAUUAGUAAAAUGAUCACCAAAGAGAAAAUGCUGUGAUCUUUUAUCAAAUUCUCUCAACUAAUUCUUUAUGCAAAUGUAUGGAGAUCAGUUUUGAGAAUUUGUCUGUGGAUAUUGGGAGCUUAAAGGCUCAACACCCAUGUUUUCAUAGUCCUUACCGCAAAUUACAGAUACUUAUUUUUUUCCUUUGAUUUAUGGCCAGCAUGUUCAUGCUUGGGCUAUAAAUUGUUGAACGAAAACUUGGUCUGUAAUUUUCACUUGGUUGGUGAGAGUUAUUGUGUAUUUUUUCUUUUCAUAUAGAGUGUAGAACACUUAAGUUGGUUAGGCCUUUCUAAAGAGAUGUCAAGGUACUGUAUGUACUGUUGUAAGAUAGUGGAUUUUAAAGUAAUGUAAUAUUGAUUUAUGUCGUCAUGUCAAAAGAGCUUGUGUUUUCCUCUUAAACACAGGACAUGUCUAUUCCUGGAGACAUACACUACACACUGACAAUCAAACGGCAUGCAAUUGAUUGAGCAAAUAUAAAGUUCAUGUUCGAUAGCCCGUGGCUAGAGAUUUAGCUAUCAGGCUAGUGAAUUCUAUUCUUAACUUGCCCGGCAGGCAAAUGAAGUUUCCUUGGGAAUUCAAAUAACAGAAGAACUGUAAUCAGUUUUUUUUCAAAAAUUUUUUUUGAGGCUAGUUGAAGUGACUUUUAAGGCUGUACAUGCUAGCUUGAGCUUGGCCAAAUAAAAGUAACUGACUCUCUUUGCACCUUGUCAAACCUAUCUUUGUCUACCUUGAACAUUUCGUUUUGUCUGAAAAAUUUUAAUGAUUUUUUCCCAUUUUUAGUGGUACAUCUAAAAGACCAUCUUCUGAAAAACACAGUUUACGUAAAAGAUCCUCUGGAGAACUCAUUGUUGUACUUGACAAGUUCAAGAAGUUAUCGUAAGUUAGUUUUCUAGUGAGUAAUUUAGAAAAUGUUACCCUGUGAGGAGAGGUUUAUUUCUGGCAUGACUGUUUAAAGCGCUUUCUCAUCCAUCUACUUUUUAAUUGCAUCUUUCUUUCCUCUUUAGGAAUGCAGAACUCACUGAGCAGACCCGAAAUCUGUUAAGAAAGCCUUCAUUUGAUAACUGGUAUGGGAAAUUCAUUCUUAUUUUCAAAUUUUCUUUGGUAUAUCAGGGCUUAAACAAAUCUCCAUCCUAUUUUGGGACAAGUAGCAAGUAACUUUCUUGCUUACUUUGCCAAUGGUUAAAGGCCCAGGUCAAUUAUCUUGUAAACAAAUUUGGAAAAGGAUGCAAUAGCCUUGGCAAGCAAAAUUUGAACCCUUUCUUAUUUAAGAACAAGCUAAAAUUCAAUUUUCUUCAAGCCCUGUAUGUGUCAAAAUACAGGAAAUAAUGUGAUGGCUUUGUUAAAAGAAUUCCCAAGAUAACAGUUCAAAUCCAAGCGUCAUUUCAUAAGUAGGCCUGGUGGAGUACCAAAUAGGAUUGUUGUUGGCACUUUUUGGCAUUGAUGUCUCGACAACCCAUGCAGUAAAGUCAUCUUUAGAGUCAAAGUGAGUUGUAUAACGUUAAACUUUGGUUAUUGACGUGAUUGGUCAAUUGAGUGGUGAUGUUUUGGUCGUCUGUCAGUUAAGCUGGAAUGUUAUUUGGCAUUAAGACUGCAAAUGUGAUUAAUUGCCAGGUCAUGUUGACAAUGUAGUCAUCUUCAGAGUCAAAGAUAGUUGUAUCUCGUCUGUUGAAGGUUUUAAUCUCUGGUUUAACCUAAGUGUGUGAGUUUCUUUUCUGUAGGUAUUUCACGUAAAGAUUAUACACCUUUUGUCUUUUCAGGCAGUGGGAAGAUGCAGAAAUGUUGUAUUUACUUCAGCAGAUGUUUAUAGACUUAAACUUAAUGGAGAAAUUUCACAUUGAGGUAAUAAACUUGUGUAAAAGAACCUUUGUUCCGUUAGUUAUUGUAAACGACUCGUUUGAAUUGAAAAAAAAACAAAAACAAAAACAAAAAAAAAGCACUUUAUUUGAGUGUCAAUGUAUUUAGCACGAAAGUACUAAUUGGGGACACUAUGUUUUACGUCUCCAACUGGAGACGGGACCGCCAUUUUACGUGGUCAUCCGAGCCACGCGAAGGUCUAGCCUGUUGCAGUGCAAAGGGAGUACCUUCAUUUCUCGGUUAUUUUAAGACCCUGAGUAUUGGUCCGGCCUCAGGAAUCGAACCCGCGACCUCCCGCUCUGCAGUCAACACGCUCUACCGACUGAGCUAACACUGCCGCGGUACAAAGUAGCAGAAAGUGAAGAAGGGUUUGUAUGGAGUUUUCUAAGCAUAACUGGGCUACGAUCUCAGCGACAUUUUGCCCCGAAAUGCUCAUUUUUGGCAAGUAGGCCUCUUGGACAUUGUUCUUUCAGAAUAUCCUGACAAAUCCCAUAAUUUCAGAAAUUUCAUUUUUAUGACGUCAUCACUUUAGUACUUUAUUAGGGUUUUCUUUGGCGGGAAAACGAACAGUCCAUGUUUUGAUCUUUUCAUCCAUUGGCUGAUAAAACAAAUAACAAACACUUACCGAAACCAUUUUUCAAGGUCAUAGGAAUGAAAUCGCUCUAUGGUAAUACGCGUUCUCAAAGAUAUUUCGUCUUCUGCUGUCCACUCCUUUUCUGAAGAACUGAAAGUCAUCCAAUGUUGUUCGCUUUUUUCUUGAUAGUACAGCUCAUUUUUUCGUUGUCGUUUUGUGUUUUUGCUCAGAAAGGCUGCUAUGUAGCAAAAGCGUAUCCCGUCUAAGCUGAUUAUUCCUUAUCUGUUUCUUUCACAGAAACCCAUCCUUCAAAACUUCUUGUUUGAAGUUUUCAGGAAUUACAAUGCGACUCCUUUCCAUAAUUUUAGACACGCAUUCUGUGUAACACAAAUGGUGAGAAAACGUCGACAUAAUUCUCUUGUUUGUCACUUCUUAAUUGUCCAGUGUGACCACUUUUCGUGACACUUCUUUCGUGACCUUUGACUGUAACGGGGCUGUGUCACGAAAUUUAUCGGUGCGAGGAAAUAAAAACAACCGACAACAGUAAAAGAAGGUACAUAUAACACAGCGUAUACAAAAGAAGGCACGGUGGAAAAACUUGAAGAAGAUUAUUAUAAAACCGACUGAUGUUGUAGUUUUUGAAAGCUCGUCCGGCUAACAGUUUUAUUUUUCAAAGUUCAUUUUUGUUUAGUUGUUUGUAAUGUUUAAUAUGCAUUAGUCAUUUAUUCGCUAACGUUGCAAAAAGUCAUGAUAAGUUCCAUUGCAAAUAAGGACGGGUAAUUGACGGAUCCCCUAAGCCAAGAGUCUCCCCUAGCCCCUUAAACUCUGAUCACAAAGCCUUAUUUUAUCUUUUCAUAUCAGAUGUAUGGCUUGAUAUGGCUGACGCAAAUUCCCAGGAAAGUGCAGGACUGUGAUGUUUUGGUGAUGCUGACGUCUGCUUUGUGUCAUGACUUGGACCAUCCUGGUUACAAUAACGCCUACCAGGUAAUUUGAUCCUUUUAUACUUGACUCAGUCUACACUGUUCAAUAGCGCUUUGAUUCCUCGUUAGCCUGCGUGCGGAACGCGUGCAAUAAGAGAAAUAGUAGGCUAGUUUCUCGUAGGUACUUCGAUCGUAGAAAGCGCAAAAAGAUCGGAGAGUGGCAAGGGGUAAGGCUAAUGGCCUCAAAACAGGUUUCCCGAUUUAGUUCAAUGAUGGUCAACUACAAUUCGGGAUUCUCCGGGUAGCUAGCCGGAUUCUGGAUCAUAAUUACGAGCUGGACACGGUCAGUUUGGGACUCGGCAAGUGUUGUGUUAGUAAGCCCUCAGCCCUCGUACUUAGACGUCUCUUUCUCUAUGAAAACCUGCGCGCAAAGGAAGGCGGGAAGGAGAAAACGGGCGAGACAUCUGGCAGAUUUUUCUCCUUCCUAUGGUCCCUUACACUUCGUCACCAGUCACUCGUGUUUCGCGCUCGCCUCUGUGGGAAAAACAAAGCGCCGGAGGUUGCGGAGGAGGCAGACUCGCGCAUGCUUCCCUCGAAGCUUCUUGUUUCCAAGGUGAUUUGCCACAAGAGGAUGGUGGGUUUGUAAAGGGUAACAGUUACUGACAACAGUGACUGACAGUUAUUUAACCUUGUAGAAAAAAACUGUUUUAAAAUUUGGAAAUCAGUUCAUCAUGUUUAUAAAUUUCUUUUCUUUAAGGUAAAUGCCAGAACAGAGCUUGCCAUACGAUACAACGACAUCUCCCCACUUGAAAACCACCAUUGCGCCGUGGCAUUUGACAUCAUCUCUCAGGUAAAAAAUUAUUGGAUUUGAUUAAGCUUGGCCUUACUUUGUUAGACACGGCGUUGUGUGCCAUGAUGAAGUAAAAUUGGCUUCGAAGUCUUUUUACAUGUUUUUACGAGAAAUGGUGUAAAGGAUGUCGUGAUAUGCACUUAUAGUUCUAUGUAUUCUUUUUCCCUCAUUUCAGCCUCACUGUGACAUUCUCAAAAAUGUUAGCCAAGACGUAUUCAGGAAAUUCCGCGAAGGAAUGAUCAAGUGAGUUCUCAAAGACUGAAAUUAAAAACAUGUAACAAUUAUAAAAAGUUGUAAGAUUGUUGCCGAGUCUUUUCUCUACUUAGUAGUUUUUCUCUUGAUUUUAAAAAAAAAUCAAAGGUUAGAUCAAAUCAUAGCUAUUUUUUAAUGUUACAAGACAAUCAAGGUGCGUGGGAUUUGUAGCGGAGGAUUAAAUUUGAGUUCUAGACAUGUUACUAUAGGUUUAGCCAGCGAAUACCAGGCUGUUGUCCCUCCACGCUCCUCGCCGCUAGGGAAGUUGUCUCGUGCGAAACGUUCCCAGCGGGAGGAAAGACGGCUGUAUUCGCAGGCUGCUAUAGGUUAGAUGGUGACGUUAUUUAAUGUAGUUAAUUACGUCAUAAGCUAUUGGCCCUUUCUCAUUCAUCCUUCCAUGUCGAUUCGAACGUACGCAAAAAAACACAAACCCAACGGUGUGGUUUCUAUACCUUUCAUGGGUUGUGUGGGGAAAGGAAUUGAUACGAGCCCGCAGUCGCGAGUGGUUAGGGACCUUAAGAUGCGAGGACCGCGACGGCAGGUAAAACGUGGCUUAAAAGGUGAAUUCGGGGUUUUUCAAUCUUCAUCGCGAUUUUUCCAUUUCGCUCACUUUGUCGAAAGUCCGCGUACUCUCCUGGAGUUGAAGUCCUAAGAGCCUUAUAACAGUUUAGAAAGAGAAGGAAAAUUUCGUCGUUGCUUGUUUACGUGCGCUAAAAAAUAUGAAACUAGGCACUUUCACGUUGUAGUCGUGCAACGACGGCAAAGAAAUGUACAAAAAAGCGUGAUGACACGUGCAAAGUUGUUGUUUUGCUAAUUAAACGUAUUGCUUUUUUGCUGUUCUCAUUGUCGUCGACGUCGUCGGAUCUUAAGGUCCCUGUUGUCUUGUCCUUGUCAAGUCUGAUGAAACUAACAAAAUUAUGUUAAAAUUAUCUGUUAAAGAGAAUUCAGUAUUAAUCUCUUUUUGCAGAUGUAUUUUGUCCACUGAUAUGGCAAGACACAAUGAGAUCCUAAACAAGUUCAAGGACAUUUUGGCUGAUGGAUUUAGCUUUGAAAACGAGGCACACAAGUCCAUGGUAAGAAAUCUUUUCGGUUGUCAUGGUUACUUAGGGACGUGAGGGAGUACUUGUAAAGGCUUUUGAUGGUAACCUGUCAAUUCGCGCGAAAGUCAUCUCGCCCGAAACCAGAGUUAUGUCGCCCGAAAUUUUACUGAAGAGUGAUGCAAUAUAUCUCGUUCUUUAAACGAUAAUGAGACGAAACAAGCGGGGUUACUCUGUAACAUAUCUCGUUCUUUAAGCUUUGGUGAAACGAAACAAGCGCAAUAAAUGAGUAAUAUAUCUCGUUCUUUAAGAUUUGGUGAGACGAAACAACCGCGAUAAAGAUGUUAGGAUGUUGUUGAGAAUGAUAAGAUUUUGGGCGACAUAACUCAGCUUUUCGGGCGAGAUGACUUUCGGACGUCUUGACCGUAAACCCUUUAGCUGAAGUAAAACAGAGUGUACAUUGCGGUAAGGGUAGGGCCUGACUCCCAUCUCUUGAUUAAUUUCUCUUUUGCAGUUAAUGCAGAUAAUGAUCAAAGUAUCGGAUGUGUCAAAUGAAGCCCGGCCGAUGGAAGUUGCUGAACCGUGGCUGGAUUGCCUUUUGCAAGAGUUCUUUAUCCAGGUUUGUAUUCGCUUUUAAUGAUAAACUUAAAGAAACGGUGUUAUAAACGCAAACAGGUCUCUUUGGGAUCAUGAUACGUUUCUGGGAAACUGCCCACCUACCGCUCCCCUAAGUCAACAUUUUGCCCUAAGUGAGAAUUAAGUGUUAAUGUUGACUUAUACAAAUGCGGAAAACAUAUGCACUUAAGCAACGUUCACUCGGUGUCGGACAAUAUUUAAACCGGUUGAAAAUUCGUGUGUUUAGGUGUUUCUUUCACACGGAACCACCUUAAUCGUACGAAAAGUCAAACACUUGGUCGUUCAAAGUUCCGUGAACGGACAGAAAAUAUUGAACGGUCUCGUAUGAACGAAGUGUCCGGUCAAAUAUUCUGGCAGUCGAAAGUUCGUCCGGUGCCGUGUGGGUGCUAAGCGCGGUCAAAAUUUAUGCACCCGGUGCCGAAAACGGGAAAGUAUAUGUACCGUCUGCCGAACGCGGGAAAAUACAUGCUUUACCUGCCGAGCGCAAGAAAUAUAUCCACCGUGUGCCUAGCGCGGGAAAAUAUAUGCAAUGUCUGCCUAGCGUGUACCAAACGAAAACAUGCACCCUGUGCCAAACGCUCGAAAGCAUUUGCAUUCAAUAUCAAAUGUGAGAAAAUAUAUGCACAGUCUGCCGAGCGAGGAAAAAUAUAUGCACUACCUGCCGACCACGGGAAACUAUAUGCAUUUACAGCAUUGUCUGCCGAGCGCUGGAAAAUAUAUCCACCGUUUUUCAAACGAGAAAAUAUGCUCCAAGUAGCUCCCAGUGCCAAUCGCAGAAAAGCAUUUGAACCCAGUGCCAAAAUUGCUAAAGCGCGGGAAAACAUUUGUGCCAGGUACAAUGUGUGGGAAAGCAUACAUGCGGUCAUGUAAAGUCUGUAAAAAUACAAAUGGCGCAAAAAUCGCUGGGCAAAAAAUUUAACGCAUGCAACCGGGGCUAAGCGCCGGAAAAGCUAUGAUCCAAGACAUCUGUGUAGGAAAAUGCUCCAACCUGAUUAGUGGAGAGUUUUUAAAAGAAUUUCGAGGAAGUGUACAUGAGCUUUGUAUUACGUACACGAGCCGCAAAAUUUCAGGCCAAGUAUAAAUAUAGCUAAAAAAAACUGAAAGUCACAGUGGAAAAACUGAAAGCCUAAUCUUGGAUUAAAACACCAAUCACAGUCCUGCAAUAAGUAUUUUGUCACUUUUUUUUUCCUUCGUGUUUAGAGUGAUGUGGAGAAGCUGGAAGGCUUACCAGUAGCACCAUUCAUGGAUAGAGAUAAGGUUCGGUAUUUGUUUUGUGCAAUUCUCGACCAAUCGAUUUAUUUAUUUGACUUAUGUCCUUUAUUUAUUUGUUUGCCUGUUUGUUUGAUUGUUUGUUUGCCUUUUCAGCUCUUCCCUCUCGUCUGUAUGUCUCUGUGUAUACUCAUAUUGUUGAAUAAAAGUUGAAAAGCAUGCAUUGGUGCUUAUGACGUCAUAUCUCGUAACCAUAGUAACUGACCAUGUGUUUUUUGUCCGUCUCAGGUGACCAAGCCAUCGGCUCAAAUUGGUUUUAUUCGAUUUGUUUUGAUCCCACUAUUUGAAGCACUUGAACAACUCUUUCCAGUCUUGGAGGUACUUAAUACUCAUAUAUUUAAGUUCUUUUCCACAGCAAUCCAGUUACCUACAAAAUCUGUGUCUAUUUAAGAAAAACCAUAACUAUAACCAAGUCCUGCAGUCAUACGCAUAACGUACCCAUUUUUGAUACCAUCCCAGUAAACCCAGUGGCGCACUGAAAUAUUUCUAUACACGAUUAAGUUUUUAAAACUCUGUUGUUGCCGGGUUUUGAAAUGCGUACAAUUUGUUAGGUAAAUUGGGCUCAUGGGUUGGGCUUUGGUAGGUGGGAUGGAUUGAUUCGCAGCACGUAAGGCAAAAAAGCGUUACUUUAAGGGCCUGCUUUCAGUUGGGGAUCUUCUCCCAAAAAUAUAGGUAAGAAAAUCCACACUAUUUUAUUUACUAAUUCCAGCUGUCACAAGACUGCAAACCAGACAGACUUGUAAAGCACUUGAGAAAUAUCUACUUAAGCUGUCUGAUCUUUUGGUCACAGCUCAACACAAUCUCCAUUGUUAUGGGGCAGGGCUACUAUCAAAUAGGAGUUUGACUAGAUAGCUAGUUACUCACGCAUACUUAAGUUUCUAUGUUUUUACGUACAAGACAUUUUAUGCAGUUUGAGUCUAUAAUCUGUGACGGAGUCACCCUGCUCCUAAAAAGAGCUGAUUCGCCGACAAUUUCUCCUUUUAAAAACACAUUGCCUUUCCCCAACAGUAAAAGAACCGUUCAUUGGCGCCGACUCUUUUACAAGGUAUUCAUGGCGUGCUCUCUGUUCUGUUUCCUCACUAGGAGCAUCUUGUGGAGCCCGUUCGAAAAGCCUUGAAUUACUACACUCACAUGGGUAAAACAAUGGAGGAAGAACUUAAAAAAGAGCAAGUGAAAAAACACUCGAGAGAGGAGAACGAAAAGGUUACAAAAUUUUCUUUCCCAGCUGAUAAUAACUCACCCACUAAUGUUGUAAUUUUAAUCUCUGUAGGUAAGCAACAUCGUCUGUUUUUGUCGACGAGAAAAGUAUAUUUUCUUUGCUCUAAAGAGUGAACACAAUAAUGCAACAUUGGGAGUUUAAACCAGUCAGCGUAGAUACCUUUGGGGAAGACUUUAGUGCUAUCAGGCAAAUGAAAGCUAUAGAGCACUGAGUACCUUUGAAAUUCAGUAGUUUCUUAUGUUGUGGAAGUUCGUUCAGACUUUUGGUUUGUGGAUGCAAACAUCAGCAUUAAAAACCCCACACUCUACAGUAUUAACCUCAGUUUUUUAAAAUGACAUCGUCCACUAACAUUUCUUGCUUAUUCAGGUAGACAUACAAGAAGAUAAACAAGAUCUGAAAAUUGGGCUUGAAGAUGGACACUCGAGAGAGGAAAAGACAGAAACAAUUGAAGCCUUGGAAGAUAAACCAGAAAUAUUAAUAUCAAUAAAAGAAAAAGAGGACUUACAGACCACUGAAAAGGAAAACGUAGGAGUUGUAGAGACGACGAAAGCAAAACAACAAGAAGAAAAACUAGACAACAAGGAGUCCACGAAAGACUGAAAUUGAGCUCAAAGCGUGCGCGUUCCCUCUGAGCAAAGGGCCUUUUUUAAGCCAGAAAACGGUAUUUU